UCCAGACGUCAACAGCCAAACUCGAGGGGCAUUAUGCGUGGGAAACUGAGGCGUAGGUGUGGGAGCCGCCCCUCCAUUUGCCAUCUCAGCCUUGAGGAAACAUGGCCUAGCCGCAGGCAGGCAUCUAGGAAGGAGAUCGCUUGUUGAAUCUUAUUAACCCAGGGCUGGUUAAAGUCGAGAUCAGAGAACGCUAUGUCGUGAUCAAAGGUGGCAGGCUCAUUGGACUAGCAAAAGAGCGAAGAUGCUGCCAAGAGCGCUGCCCGCCAUCCUCGGGACAAAGCUUCUCCGCCGCUAUGCAGAAGACAACUGCGAACUGGCGACUCGACCUUUCCUUCUUGUGCCAUCUUGACUAGUCCGGCAUUGCUGUUCACCCAAGUUCCUACAGCAAUUUGACAGACAACAUGCCGGAGUCGACAGGUCGCAGCGGUACUGCUGCAACGCAGGAAGAAGGAGGUGGAAAGUCCAUGAUCCAAACCAUCCUUCAAGGACUUGCCAUUUUCGUCUUUACCCAAUUUGUCGUCAACCAAUUCUUCGGCUCAAAGACACAGUCUGGCGGUGCCGCUCCCAGUGCAAACGUCAACUUCGAAGAGCGCGCCGAUGCAACCGCUCUGACAAAUUAUUCUGCGAUACCACAGAACAUUCUACCCAUCUGGCCUGAAGGGAGCACUGUUGAUGUUCAAGUCUAUGUGUCUCCAAAAGACUCCGUCCCAAAAUUGUCCAAAUUGCCAAAGGACACCCUCGUGGUUGAUGAGAAGGACUUCAAGAUUGGCAAUUAUGAAGAAAAUCGAGAGAUUCAAACAAAAAUCGCCAUUCCCAAAGAGGCCCAACACAACGGCACACUGUGGGCACAUUUCUUCGUCGCUCUGACAGGCAAUCAACUGGAUCCUUCUGUCACAGAAUAUGACCCAGCCAAAGCGUUCCACUUCAAGAGACCUCUCAAUCAAUACCUCCCAAAGAAGAAGACCCGAAAGUUGAAGAACUUGCUCGACAAGAGCGAAGAAUCUGAGGAGGAGCCCGAAGAGCCGAAAGGAGCGCAGAUUGGAUCGUUCUAUCAUCCAAACUUCACCGUGGCCGUCAUUCCAAACACUGGCGUCCAAAACUGGCGAUCCAUGCAUCCCGCACUUCGCAGGAACAUCGUACUCGAACCCACAGGGGCCCGGGACGAAUCUGGCCAAAACGGAUGGUAUUAUCCUGUCAUCUUCUUGAACACCUUCUGGCAGCUUCGCUCCCAUAUGACCGAGCUAAAUGAUACCGUCGCCGAAGUGCCAUUGAACAUUCAGCUAUACAAUAUGGUGAACUGGAAAUACAGUAUCAUUUCGAGCAUCGAUGAAGGUAUGAAACAAAAUCAACAGCAAGCUGCCUCGGGCGGCCCUGUUCCUGCCGGCGGCGAUGGCAGCGAGUUCGAGAAGUUCAAAGAAAUUCUCUUGGACACAAACUCGUAUCUUCUCGGAACCACGUUCGUGGUUAGCAUUCUACAUAUGGUCUUCGAAGCCCUCGCCUUCAAGAGCGACAUUUCACACUGGCGGAAGAAGAAAGACAACGUGGGCACUUCCGUCCGGACGAUCCUGGCCAACGUCUUCAUGCAAUUGGUCAUCUUUUUGUACCUUGUCGACAACUCCGAUGCAACAUCCUGGAUGAUCUUGGCCAGUCAAGGCUUUGGCAUUCUUCUUGAGGCCUGGAAAAUCACCAAGAUGGUCGACGUGCGUUUGAGAGAACCAGGUCCGGAUUCGAGCUUCAAGUUCCUCCCCUACGUCGUUGUCUUUGAGGACAAGCACAAGCUCUCAGAGACAGAGAAGAAGACCCAGGAGUACGACCAGAUAGCCUUCCGCUAUCUGUACAUCGUUGCUGUGCCUCUAUUGCUGGCUUACGCCGUUUAUUCUCUAAUCUAUGAAACGCAUAAGUCAUGGUACAGCUUCGUCAUCGAAACGCUUGUGGGCUCAGUCUACGCGUAUGGUUUCCUCAUGAUGGUUCCAAGUUUGUACAUCAACUAUCGCCUCAAAUCCGUUGCACACAUGCCCAGCAAGGCACUCACAUACAAGUUUUUGAACACUUUCAUCGACGACCUUUUCGCAUUUACCAUCCGGAUGCCCCUUUUGCAUCGACUAGCUACUCUGCGCGACGACGUCAUCUUCUUUGUCUGGCUGUACCAGAAGUGGGCGUACAAGGUCGACUACAAGAGAGUCAACGAAUUUGGGCAGGGUGGCGACAGUGAUGAUGAGGAUGAAAGCACGCCCGGCGAGAAGACUUCGGUGCCUAAAGCGCUGGAUCAAGCUACCAAGGAACUCAAGCCAACUGCGCCAGUUGCUAGUGCUAGUGGGAACGAGACCAAAGCUGGCGCAAAGAAGAGAAAGUAGGUGUGUUUCUGCACUCUUUCUCUGCACCUGCACGACGUUGUGGCCUCAAUUACGGCAUGGAUGGGAGCUUGAGACGGCUUUCCCGACCGGAAGCAAGUCGGGCGGCACCAUGGAGCCCACAAUUGCGGCUAAAACCAGGUCAAACAUCAAGUCCGUGCAGUGAAGCUCGGAGCAGAGAAUCGUCAACUGUUACACAAGCCAAUGAAGCAGAUCCUUGUGCUCGGAUUGACCCUGCAGGAGCAAAUGCUACUGCCCAAGCUGGUUUUGGAAGUUAACAAUAUACCCCGAGCAGAAUUGCUUUGCCAGCUC